UUUAGUUGUCCGAGUUCGUCUCGAUCCUCUAUAUUCACAAACCAAUUAAGCAUUGUCAUCUUCUUUCACAUUUUUCCUCUUUUCCAGAGGACAAUCAAGAUUCACACAAAACAACAAAUCGAUCUUCAUCAAGCGUUACCGUAUAAACUAAACAAAAAACAAUGGCGAACGCGGCGUCUGGAAUGGCAGUGGAGGACAACUGCAAGCUGAAGUUCUUGGAGCUAAAGAAAAGAACACAUCGGUUCAUAAUAUUCAGGAUAGACGGGCAGCAAGUGGUGGUUGAAAAGUUAGGAAGCCCGCAGGAGACUUACGACGACUUCACCGCUUCCCUCCCUGCCGACGAGUGCCGCUACGCGGUUUUCGACUUCGAUUUUACCACCAAUGAGAACUGCCAGAAGAGCAAAAUCUUCUUCAUAGCCUGGUCACCUGAUUCAUCUAGAGUGAGGAUGAAGAUGGUGUAUGCUAGCUCUAAGGAUAGGUUCAAGAGAGAACUGGACGGCAUUCAGGUGGAGUUACAAGCCACUGAUCCUAGUGAGAUGAGCUUUGACAUUAUCAAAAGCCGAGCUCUCUAGAUUUUUUUUCCUUGUUUUCAUAAAAAACAUCUAUAUAUAUAUCACCUUUCGUAUUUUUGUGAUUCAAAAAAAUGUUUUAAACAUUUUCCAUUAUAUGUAAUUUAUUUGAUUAAGAACUGAAUUCUUCAUCAUCUCCUUUCAUUUAUUUUUCAUUUCCCUUUGUAAACAAUUUGUUAUGAAAAUUUAACUGGCUUUUAUAUUUCAACCUGGGAGAAGCUGAA